AUGGCAAUCCACUACUUGAUCCUCCUGUCGAGGCAGGGCAAAGUGCGCCUUGCCAAAUGGUUCACCACUCUGUCCCCCAAGGAGAAGGCCAAGAUCAUCAAGGAUGUGACCCAGCUGGUUCUGUCGCGUCGCACCCGCAUGUGCAAUUUCCUCGAAUACAAAGACACCAAGGUCGUCUACCGUCGCUAUGCCUCCCUCUUCUUCAUCGCCGGCUGCGCUUCCACCGAUAACGAAUUGAUCACCCUCGAGGUCGUGCAUCGUUACGUCGAACAGAUGGACAAAUACUAUGGCAAUGUGUGCGAGCUGGAUAUCAUCUUCAACUUUCAGAAGGCCUACUUCAUCCUGGAUGAGCUCUUGCUGGCCGGGGAGAUGCAGGAGAGCAGCAAGAAGAAUGUGUUGAGGUGCAUCAGUCAGCAGGAUAGUUUGGAAGAUAUGGAGGUUGAGGAAGACGUUGUCACGAAGAUUAUGUAG